AUGGCCCGCUUCGGAGACGAGAUGCCGGCCCGCUACGGGGGAGGAGGCUCCGGGGCAGCCGCCGGGGUGGUCGUGGGCGCCGGAGGCGGGCGAGGAGCCGGGGGCAGCCGGCAGGGCGGGCAGCCCGGGGCGCAAAGGAUGUACAAGCAGUCAAUGGCGCAGAGAGCGCGGACCAUGGCCCUGUACAACCCCAUCCCCGUCCGACAGAACUGCCUCACGGUCAACCGGUCUCUAUUCCUCUUCAGCGAGGACAACGUGGUGAGAAAAUACGCCAAAAAGAUCACCGAAUGGCCUCCCUUUGAAUAUAUGAUUUUAGCCACCAUCAUAGCAAACUGCAUUGUCCUUGCCCUGGAGCAACACCUACCUGAUGAUGACAAGACCCCGAUGUCUGAACGACUGGAUGACACAGAACCAUACUUCAUUGGAAUUUUUUGUUUUGAGGCUGGAAUUAAAAUCAUUGCCCUUGGGUUUGCCUUCCAUAAAGGCUCUUACUUGAGGAAUGGUUGGAAUGUGAUGGACUUCGUGGUGGUGCUAACCGGCAUCUUGGCAACAGUUGGGACGGAGUUUGACCUAAGAACGCUGAGGGCAGUUCGAGUGCUGCGGCCGCUCAAGCUGGUGUCUGGAAUCCCAAGUUUACAAGUCGUCCUGAAGUCGAUCAUGAAGGCAAUGAUCCCCCUGCUGCAGAUAGGCCUCCUCCUAUUUUUUGCAAUCCUUAUUUUUGCAAUCAUAGGGUUAGAAUUUUAUAUGGGAAAAUUUCAUACCACCUGCUUUGAAGAGGGCACAGAUGACAUUCAGGGUGAGUCUCCAGCACCGUGUGGGACAGAGGAACCUGCCCGCACCUGCCCCAAUGGGACCAAAUGUCAGCCCUACUGGGAAGGGCCCAACAAUGGGAUCACUCAGUUCGACAACAUCCUAUUUGCAGUGCUGACUGUUUUCCAGUGCAUCACCAUGGAAGGGUGGACUGACCUCCUCUACAACAGCAACGAUGCCUCAGGGAACACUUGGAACUGGUUGUACUUCAUCCCCCUCAUCAUCAUCGGCUCCUUUUUUAUGCUGAACCUCGUGCUGGGUGUGCUGUCUGGGGAGUUUGCCAAAGAAAGGGAGCGGGUAGAGAACCGGCGGGCUUUUUUGAAGCUGAGGCGGCAGCAACAGAUUGAACGAGAACUCAAUGGGUACAUGGAGUGGAUCUCGAAAGCAGAAGAGGUGAUCCUCGCCGAGGAUGAAACCGAUGGGGAGCAGAGGCAUCCCUUUGAUGCUCUGCGGAGAGCCACCAUAAAGAAAAGCAAGACAGACCUGCUCAACCCCGAGGAGGCUGAGGAUCAGCUGGCCGAUAUUGCCUCCGUGGGGUCUCCCUUCGCCCGAGCCAGCAUUAAAAGUGCCAAGCUGGAGAACUCAACUUUUUUUCACAAAAAGGAGAGGAGGAUGCGUUUCUACAUCCGCCGCAUGGUCAAAACUCAGGCCUUCUACUGGACUGUGCUCAGUCUGGUAGCCCUCAACACGCUGUGUGUCGCUAUCGUUCAUUACAACCAGCCCGAGUGGCUCUCCGACUUCCUCUACUAUGCAGAAUUCAUUUUCUUAGGACUCUUUAUGUCCGAAAUGUUUAUAAAAAUGUACGGGCUUGGGACGCGGCCUUACUUCCACUCUUCCUUCAACUGUUUUGAUUGUGGGGUCAUCAUCGGGAGCAUCUUUGAGGUCAUCUGGGCCGUCAUAAAACCCGGCACAUCCUUUGGAAUCAGUGUGUUACGAGCCCUCAGGUUAUUGCGUAUUUUCAAAGUCACAAAGUACUGGGCAUCUCUCAGGAACCUGGUCGUCUCUCUUCUCAACUCCAUGAAAUCCAUCAUCAGCCUGUUGUUCCUCCUUUUCCUGUUCAUCGUCGUCUUUGCCCUUCUGGGAAUGCAACUCUUUGGUGGCCAGUUUAAUUUUGAUGAAGGGACUCCUCCUACCAACUUCGACACCUUUCCAGCAGCAAUAAUGACGGUAUUUCAGAUCCUGACGGGCGAAGACUGGAAUGAGGUCAUGUACGACGGCAUCAAGUCUCAGGGGGGUGUGCAGGGCGGCAUGGUGUUCUCCAUCUACUUCAUCGUGCUGACGCUCUUUGGGAACUACACCCUCCUGAACGUGUUCUUGGCCAUCGCAGUGGAUAAUUUGGCCAACGCCCAGGAGCUCACCAAGGUGGAGUUGGAUGAACAGGAAGAAGAAGAGGCAGCCAACCAGAAACUCGCCCUCCAGAAAGCCAAGGAGGUGGCAGAAGUGAGUCCUCUGUCUGCAGCCAACAUGUCCAUAGCUGUGAAGGAACAACAGAAGAACCAGAAGCCCUCCAAGUCCGUGUGGGAGCAGCGGACAAGCGAGAUGCGGAAGCAGAACCUGCUGGCCAGCCGGGAGGCGCUGUACAACGAGAUGGACCCGGACGAGCGCUGGAAGGCCUCCUACGCCCGGCACCUGCGGCCCGACAUGAAGACCCACCUGGACCGGCCGCUGGUGGUUGAUCCCCAGGAGAACCGCAACAACAACACCAAUAAGAGCCGGGCGGCCGAGCCCACGGUGGACCAGCGCCUCGGGCAGCAGCGAGCCGAGGACUUCCUGAGAAAACAGGCCCGCUACCACGACCGGGCCCGGGACCCGUGCGGCUCCGUGGGCCUGGACACCCGGAGGCCCUGGGCGGGCAGCCAGGAGGCCGAGCUGAGCCGGGAGGGGCCUUACGGCCGCGAGUCGGACCACCACGCCGGGGAGGGCGGCCUGGAGCAGCCGGGGUUCUGGGAGGGCGAGGCGGAGCGGGGCAAAGUCUGCGACCCGCACCGGAGGCACGCCCACCGGCAGGGGUGCAGCCGGGAAAGCCGCAGCGGGUCCCCGCGCACGGGGGCCGACGGGGAGCCCCGCAGGCACCGCGCGCACCGCAGGCCGGGCGACGAGGGCCCGGAGGACAAGGCCGAUCGGAGGUCCCGGCACCGUGAGGGCAGCCGGCCGGCCCGGGGCGGCGAAGGCGAAGGCCCAGACGGCGGCGAGCGGAGGAGGCGGCACCGGCUUGGCCCUCCGCCCGCCUACGACGGGGACGCACGCAGGGAGGACAAGGAGCGCAGGCACCGGAGGAGGAAAGAGAACCAGGGCUCCGGGGUCCCCGUGUCGGGCCCCAACCUGUCAACCACCCGGCCGAUCCAGCAGGACCUGGGCCGCCAAGACCCACCCCUGGCCGAGGAUAUUGACAACAUGAAGAACAACAAGCUGGCCACCGCGGAGUCAGCCAGUCCCCACGACAGCCUCGGCCAUGCCGGCCUGCCCCAGAGCCCGGCCAAGAUGGUGAACAGCACCGACCCCAGCCCCACGCCUGCCCCACCUGCCAUGGCCACCAACCCCCAGAAUGCUUCCAGCCGCCGGACACCCAACAACCCGGGGAACCCGUCCAACCCCGGCCCCCCCAAGACCCCCGAGAACAGCCUUAUCGUCACCAACCCCAGCAGCACCCAGACCACCUCAGCUAAGACUGCCAGGAAACCCGACCACACCACGGUGGACAUCCCCCCAGCCUGCCCGCGCCCCCUCAAUCACACCGUCGUCCAAGUGAACAAAAACGCCAACCCAGACCCACUGCCAAAAAAGGAGGAAGAGAAGAAAGAGGAGGAGGAAGACGACCCCGGGGAAGACGGCCCCAAGCCCAUGCCCCCCUACAGCUCCAUGUUUAUCCUCUCUACGACCAACCCCCUUCGCCGCCUGUGCCAUUACAUCCUGAACCUGCGCUACUUUGAGAUGUGUAUCCUCAUGGUCAUCGCCAUGAGCAGCAUUGCCCUGGCGGCUGAGGACCCCGUGCAGCCCAACGCACCGCGAAACAAUGUGCUACGAUAUUUUGACUACGUUUUUACAGGCGUCUUUACCUUUGAGAUGGUGAUCAAGAUGAUCGACCUGGGGCUCGUCCUGCACCAGGGUGCCUACUUCCGUGACCUCUGGAACAUUCUCGACUUCAUAGUGGUCAGUGGGGCCCUGGUGGCCUUUGCCUUCACUGGCAAUAGCAAAGGAAAGGACAUCAACACGAUUAAAUCCCUCCGAGUCCUUCGGGUGCUACGACCUCUGAAAACCAUCAAGCGGUUGCCAAAGCUCAAGGCCGUGUUUGACUGCGUUGUGAACUCACUCAAGAAUGUCUUCAACAUCCUCAUCGUCUACAUGCUCUUCAUGUUCAUCUUUGCCGUGGUGGCCGUGCAGCUCUUCAAGGGCAAGUUCUUCCACUGCACCGAUGAGUCCAAGGAGUUUGAGAAAGAUUGCCGUGGCAAGUACCUCCUCUAUGAGAAGAACGAGGUGAAGGCGCGGGACCGAGAGUGGAAGAAGUAUGAGUUCCACUAUGACAACGUGCUCUGGGCUCUGCUGACCCUCUUCACCGUGUCCACGGGAGAAGGCUGGCCACAGGUCCUCAAGCACUCCGUGGAUGCCACCUUUGAGAACCAGGGUCCCAGCCCUGGGUACCGCAUGGAGAUGUCCAUCUUCUACGUCGUCUACUUUGUGGUGUUCCCCUUCUUCUUUGUCAAUAUCUUUGUGGCCUUGAUCAUCAUCACCUUCCAGGAGCAGGGGGACAAAAUGAUGGAGGAAUACAGCCUGGAGAAAAAUGAGAGGGCCUGCAUUGACUUCGCCAUCAGCGCUAAACCCCUGACCCGACACAUGCCCCAGAACAAGCAGAGUUUCCAGUACCGCAUGUGGCAGUUCGUGGUGUCCCCGCCCUUCGAGUACACCAUCAUGGCGAUGAUCGCUCUCAACACCAUCGUGCUCAUGAUGAAGUUCUACGGGGCCUCUGUUGCUUAUGAAAAUGCCCUGAGGGUAUUCAACAUUGUCUUCACUUCCCUCUUCUCUCUGGAAUGUCUGCUCAAAGUCAUGGCUUUUGGGAUUCUGAAUUAUUUCCGCGAUGCCUGGAACAUCUUCGACUUUGUGACUGUUCUGGGCAGCAUCACCGACAUCCUGGUGACCGAGUUUGGGGUAAGUUUCCCGCCGGCUUCUCUCUGGGCAGUUCCUGGCUGGCCUGGGAGGGGCGAGGAAGAGGCCAUCAAGAAGCAGUGGGUCCCGACAGCCACAGCUGGCUCAAGCCAGCUCUUGACCAUGACCAAAGAGGGAGAAGGAAACCCUCCCAGCGCUAUUCUUAAUUGCCUUCCUUCCCACCAGGCCCUGCCCUAUGUCUGUCUGCUGAUUGCCAUGCUUUUCUUCAUCUACGCCAUCAUUGGGAUGCAGGUGUUUGGCAACAUUGGCAUCGACGUAGAGGACGAGGACAGUGAUGAGGAUGAAUUCCAAAUCACUGAGCAUAAUAACUUCCGGACCUUCUUCCAGGCCCUCAUGCUUCUCUUCCGGAGUGCCACUGGGGAGGCUUGGCACAACAUCAUGCUUUCCUGCCUCAGCGGUAAACCCUGUGAUAAGAACUCUGGCAUCCUGACUCAUGAGUGCGGCAAUGAAUUUGCCUAUUUUUACUUCGUUUCCUUCAUCUUCCUCUGCUCAUUUCUGAUGCUGAACCUUUUUGUUGCUGUCAUCAUGGACAACUUUGAGUACCUCACCCGAGAUUCCUCCAUCCUGGGUCCCCACCACCUGGAUGAGUACGUGCGUGUCUGGGCCGAGUACGACCCCGCAGCGUGGGGCCGCAUGCCUUACCCGGACAUGUAUCAGAUGCUGAGACACAUGUCUCCGCCCCUGGGUCUGGGGAAGAAGUGUCCGGCCAGAGUGGCUUACAAGAGGCUCCUGCGGAUGGAUCUGCCUGUUGCCGAUGACAACACCGUCCACUUCAAUUCUACCCUCAUGGCUCUGAUCCGCACAGCCCUGGAUAUCAAGAUCGCCAAGGGCGGAGCCGACAAACAACAGAUGGACGCUGAGCUGCGGAAGGAGAUGAUGGCCAUCUGGCCCAACCUGUCCCAGAAGACGCUGGACCUGCUGGUCACCCCUCACAAGUCCACGGACCUGACGGUGGGGAAGAUCUAUGCAGCCAUGAUGAUCAUGGAGUACUACCGGCAGAGCAAGGCCAAGAAGCUGCAGGCCAUGCGCGAGGAGCAGAACCGGACACCUCUCAUGUUCCAGCGCAUGGAGCCCCCAUCUCCAACGCAGGAGGGGGGGCCCGGCCAGAAUGCCCUCCCCUCCACCCAGCUGGACCCAGGAGGAGGCCUGAUGGCUCACGAAAGCGGCAUGAAGGAAAGCCCAUCCUGGGUGACCCAGCGGGCCCAGGAGAUGUUCCAGAAGACGGGCACGUGGAGCCCGGAGCGAGGACCCCCCACGGACAUGCCCAAUAGCCAGCCCAACUCUCAGUCUGUGGAGAUGCGAGAGAUGGGCAGAGACGGCUACUCGGACAGUGAGCAGUACCUCCCCAUGGAGGGCCAGGCCCGGGCCGCCUCCAUGCCCCGCCUCCCCGCCGAGAACCAGAGGAGAAGGGGCCGGCCACGUGGGAAUAACCUCAGUACCAUCUCAGACACCAGCCCCAUGAAGCGCUCAGCCUCCGUGCUGGGCCCCAAGGCCCGGCGCCUGGACGACUACUCCCUGGAGAGGGUGCCACCCGAAGAGAACCAGCGGCACCACCAGCGGCGCAGAGACCGCGGCCACCGCGCCUCCGAGCGCUCCUUGGGCCGCUACACGGACGUGGACACAGGCUUGGGGACAGACCUGAGCAUGACCACCCAGUCUGGGGACCUGCCAUCAAAGGAACGAGACCAGGAGCGGGGCCGGCCCAAGGACCGGAAGCAUAGGCAGCACCAUCACCACCACCACCACCACCACCCCCCGCCCCCCGACAAGGAGCGCUACGCCCAGGAGCGGCCUGACCAUGGCCGGACCCGGGCCCGGGACCAGCGCUGGUCCCGCUCACCCAGUGAGGGCCGAGAGCACGUGGCACACCGGCAGGGCAGUAGUUCCGUAAGUGGAAGCCCAGCCCCCUCAACAUCUGGUACCAGCACUCCGCGGCGGGGACGCCGCCAGCUCCCCCAGACCCCCUCCACCCCCCGGCCACACGUGUCCUAUUCCCCCGUGAUCCGUAAGGCCGGCGGCUCGGGUCCCCCGCAGCAGCAGCAGCAGCAGCAGCAGCCGGCGGUGCGGCCAGGCCGGGCGGCCCCCAUUGGCCCGCGGAGGUACCCGGGCCCCGCGGCCGAGCCCCUGGCCGGGGAGCGGCCGCCCACGGGGGGCCACGGCAGCAGCCGCUCGCCCACGAUGGAGCGGCGGGUCCCGGGCAUGGCCAGGAGCGAGUCCCCCAGGGCGUGUCGCCACGGCGGGGCGCGGUGGCCGGCGUCCGGCGCGCACGCGGCCGAGGGGCCCCCGGUCCCCCGGCACCACGGUUACUACCGCGGCUCCGACUACGACGAGCCCGGCGCCCUGGGCAGCGGCGGCGGCGGCGGCGGCGGCGGCGGAGGCGGGGAGGAGCCCCGGGCCGCCGCCUACGACGCGCCGCCCCCCGCGCGCCACGCGUGCUCGCCCAGGACUCCCCGGGCCGCUGGCCCGGCCUGCGCCUCGCCUUCCAGGCACGGCCGGCGACUCCCCAACGGCUACUACCCGGCCCACGGACUGGCCAGGCCCCGCGGGCCGGGCUCCCGGAAAGGCCUGCACGAAACCUACAGCGAGACCGACGACGACGACUGGUGCUAAGCCCGGGCGAGGUGGCACCCGCGCCCGCCCGGCCCCCCCCCACGCACCCCACGCAC